AUGGCUAGUAGAACACAAUUUGAAAAUUCUAACGAAGUUGGUGUCUUUUCCAAGUUAACCAACUCGUACUGUCUUGUCGCCGUUGGUGGAUCAGAAAACUUUUAUUCUGCUUUUGAAGCCGAAUUAGGUGAUGUUAUCCCAAUUGUUCACACAACUAUUGCUGGUACCCGUAUAGUCGGUAGAAUGACUGCUGGUAACAGACGUGGUUUGUUGGUUCCAACUCAAACAACCGAUCAAGAAUUAAUGCAUUUAAGAAACUCCUUACCGGAUACUGUCAAAAUUCAAAGAGUUGAAGAAAGAUUAUCAGCUUUAGGUAAUGUUAUCUGUUGUAAUGAUUACGUUGCAUUAGUUCACCCAGAUAUUGAAAGAGAAACUGAAGAAUUAAUUGCUGAUGUAUUAGGUGUUGAAGUUUUCCGUCAAACUAUUGCAGGUAAUGUUUUAGUUGGUUCGUACUGUUCCUUGUCCAACCAAGGGGGUUUAGUGCAUCCACAAACAUCUAUCCAAGAUCAAGAAGAAUUGUCAUCAUUAUUACAAGUUCCAUUAGUUGCAGGUACUGUUAACAGAGGUUCUGCCGUUGUUGGUGCUGGAAUGGUUGUUAAUGAUUGGUUAGCUGUCACCGGUUUAGAUACCACUGCUCCAGAAUUAUCUGUUGUUGAAUCUAUAUUUAGAUUGCAAGAUGCUCAACCAGACUCUAUAUCUGGUAACUUGAGAGAUACUUUGAUCGAAACUUACUCAUAA